AUGUUAAUGCCGAACACAGAGCUUCAUAAUAACACACAGUCAGUCCAACUCAAUCCCACAAACCCAACAGGACCUUCUAAAACACCCGGCCUAGGGGGAUUCAGGAAAAUCCGCUCCACUGGAGAACCAAUCCAAAAUCCCAUCCCAGGCCUGGCGUCAGAUGUGCUGGAAAUGCGUGUAAAGGAAGGAAGCAAAAUACGAAACCUCUUAGGCUUCGCCAUGUCUCGAAUUGAAAGCGACGGACAGAUGCAGGUUCUGUUCAGUGGAACGGGACGAGCAGUGACCAAAACCAUCACCUGCGCAGAGAUAAUGAAAAGGAAAGUGCCAGGUUUACACCAGGUGUCAAAGCUCCAGUACAGGACAGUGACGGAGGUUUGGGAGAGUCAGGAGAGUCAGAUGACCAUCCACAGAACUUUACCUUCCAUUUGUAUUCUGCUGUCCAAGGAGCCGCUGGACCCGCAGGAGCCCGGAUAUCAGCCGCCCGCCGAAACAAACACUCUCUCAGAGCAACACAGAGGGUUGGAUGGAGGGCAGGGGUCCGGAAAGGCAGAAAAAAGACCACUGAGUCCUUGUGAUCAUCCUGGUCUUAAACGAGCUGCUUUGGGACAGGAUUAAACUCCAGCUCUGUGGAAGAGAUGCUAGGAUAUAAGAAGGAGUUUGUAUUAAAGUAUAUUUUUGGUGUAUUUAAUUAGAUGUUUUUGAUAAAUGAAGGAUGUAAUAAAUGUGAAUGUGUCAUUUGA